UUGUAGAAUGCGUAGGUAUGUAAAAGGGUGCUGAGGCUUCUUCGCUGUCCCGAAUUUCGAGAUUCCAUAUUAGAAACACAAACUCAAGGAGCAAUACGAACGAACUUACUGCAGCGAACGAUGGCCUGCGAGGAACCUGAGCCACUUCUACCGUCUGCAGACAAGGCCCCCGACAACGGCCAGAAGCCCAUCACCCGGGCACUUGUACUAGAGCUCCUGUAUGACCCCGACGAAGAUCCAGAGGAGCAAUAUGUAGAAGAAGAUAACGGGGGAAUCGACAUUGAAGAGACUACCACGGAAGUUGACUUUGCCCCGGUAAGUGCGGACACCAUCUUACAAGAAACUCGGAGCUGGCUGGAAGCUUUGGCAGAUGAACAGCAAGCGGAAACAGACUCCACUUCGGACUGCGAAACCGAGGAGGAUCCUACGGGAAACGAGUCGCCAUCAUUGGGGGUAGACGGAGAUCAGGGCGAUGAACCCGAGCCGACUAUUCACGUACAGCCUUCUGACAUGGGUAUGAACACCGAGGUGCUGCAUCGUAUACGCGAAGAAGAGCCGGGUCCGCGCCCACCGGAAGGGUAUGAUCUUAUCGCAAAUUUGCGCCUCGGUACACCUAAGAAAGAUGACACUAGCGAGGAAACCUACGCGGAACUCCUUGAAGUCGUGCAAGCGUGGAAUUUGCACGUCGGGAGUAUCCCAGACCUGACAGAGGAGCGUGAUGAAUUUCUGCAGGCCCUCCGGGAGCGGCACCAUUUAAUCAAGGAUGUCGAGCAGCACAAGCGAGAACGGGCCGUCCUUGACGAACCGCCUGAACGACUGCAGCGUGCUAUGCGCGCAUAUCGACCGGAAAUCGCAAAGUUUGAGAACCAGAACACAUUCGAUAUCCUGGUCAUGAUGAUUGCCAAUCUUCGUAUAGCGAACCCGGACCUUGACGAAGACGUAAAGGAUGCGGUUAUUUGGACCAUCUUCAUGGAGGUCUGGUUGCCUCUUUGCUUCGAGAAGCAAUACCGGGAUGAGAGGGCAAAGAUCCAGCAGCAAGUGACUAGGGCGCGCGAGAACGGGAAUCGAGAGGACAUGGGACACUUGACGGAGGAAAAGAAGGCUUUGGACAGGAAACAGGUCGCCCGCGCCGUGGAGAGGGCAAUCAAUUAUAUGAAAUUCACCCGUAACGAGUUGCGUAGAAGAGUGGAGAAAGAUACGGAGCAAUUGGCGCUGCUGCAAACUGGGCAGAAAUGGUUUGCCUCAGAGGUACUGUCGCUCCCGAAGGCUCUGGCAGAGCAAAAGCGCGCGGCCCUUGAUGCAGAAGCCGAACGCACAUUCGGUCUGCAUUUUUCGGACCACGAAGCAGAGUGUGAAGUCGAAGGAAUAAACAUCGCGGACUUGGUCGAGAUGGGUCGAAGAUGCGUUAUCCGGACGGAGAAAUUCGCAGCGAAAGACAUCAAAGACAAGGCGGAUAGGGAGCGGGUAAAGCGGGCGAGGAUGGAGGAACCCGGUACCGCCACGAUGAUGUUGAAGAUCUUGGAAGACACGGACAUAAUCAAGGCGAAAGCACAGCGUGUCGUGCGACGCAUGACGGGGUUGGAGUCCUCUUUAGAUGCGACCCUGGCUGCGGCGAAGGGUCAGUACCGGGAGUAUGAUGCGUGGUUGGAGUCGAUGCCGGACGAGGUCCAUGAAUGGCAGUGUGGACAGUGAAGGCGCUUGUGGAUGCCGGGUGUCCGUUGGCACGGUGUUCGGAGGUAGACGCGCCUACGUAAAGAAUGCUGAAGACGUCCAGGAACCCAGA